AUGUUCCAUGUUUCUUUUAGAUGUAUCUUUGGAAUUCCACCCCUGAUCCUUGUUCUGUUGCCGGUAGCAUCAUCUGACUGUGAUCUUGAAGGUAAAGAAGGCAACGAGUAUGGAAGUAUCAUAAUGAUCAACAUCAAUGGAUUGCUAGACAACUGGAUUAAAAUUGGCAGCAACUGCCUGACUAAUGAAUCUAACUUUUUAAAAAAGCAUUCAUGUGAUGAUAAUAAGGAAGCUAUGUUUCUAUACCGGGCUGCUCGCAAGCUGAGGCAAUUUCUUAAACUGAAUAUCAGUGACGAUUUCAAUGUUCGCUUAUCAAUUGUUUCAAAAGGCACAUUAACACUGUUGAACUGCACCAGCAAGGUUAAAGAAAGAAAAGCACCCUCCCCUGGCGAAGUCCAACCCACUAAGAAUUUGGAAGUGAAUAAAUUGUUGAAGGAACAGAAAAAACAGAAUGACUUGUGUUUCCUAAAGAAACUUCUAGAACAGAUAAAGACUUGCUGGAAUAAAAUUUUGAGAGGUGCUAAAGAUCCCUGA